CGCGCGUGCCCGUGUCUCUGUAUUCCGGUGCCUUGCGCUGAGCGCGUGCUCUUUCCUGAGCGGUUACCGAGCAACGGCCGAGGGUGCGCGCAAGAGACAGAGAGGAGCCCGGAGACUGAGGGGAGAGAGACACUGAGAGGGGAUGUCCAGCUCGCCGUUGUCCAAGAAGCGUCGCGUGUCUGGAUCUGAUACAAAGACGGGUUCAAAUUGCUCAUCCUCUAACUCUGUGCGUACGGACUUGACCGCACCAACGAACGGCAUGGCGCGAAACGGGAAUGAAUCCGAGAUUGAUGAGGGGCUCUAUUCACGUCAGCUCUAUGUAUUGGGACACGAGGCCAUGAAACGUAUGCAGAACUCAAAUGUCCUAAUCUCAGGCAUGAGUGGACUGGGUGUGGAAAUUGCGAAGAACAUCAUCCUUGGAGGAGUCCGAUCUGUCACAGUCCAUGAUCAGGGAAACGCUGAAUGGGGAGAUCUCUCUUCUCAGUUUUAUCUACGGGAAGAUGAUGUUGGCAAGAAUCGAGCUGAGGUGUCUUAUCCAAGACUUGCAGAACUUAACACAUAUGUACCAGUGACCGCUUCCACUGGCCCCUUAACAGAGGACUUCCUCUCUGGUUUUCAGCUUGUGAUUCUCACCAACUCUUCCCUCGAGGAGCAGCUGCGUGUAGGUGACUUGUGCCACAGCCGAGAUAUCAAGUUCAUUGUAGCAGACACCAGAGGAUUGUUUGGGCAGCUAUUUUGCGACUUUGGAAAGGAAAUGGUUGUAAUGGACAUCAAUGGCGAGCAACCGCUGAGUGCAAUGAUCUCCAUGAUCACAAAGGAUAACCCUGGUGUUGUGACCUGUUUGGAUGAGGCUCGUCAUGGCUUUGAAAGUGGAGACUUCGUCACAUUUACUGAAAUUCAGGGCAUGAAGGAACUCAACAGCUGUGAGCCAGUGGAGAUCAAGGUGCUAGGGCCCUACACAUUCAGUAUCUGUGACACAACCGGAUUCACAGAUUAUGUUCGUGGAGGAAUCGUCAGUCAAGUCAAGAUGCCAAAAAAAAUUAGCUUUAAACCACUCAAAGAUGCACUGUCGGAGCCUGAGUUUAUCAUAACGGACUUUGCUAAGUUUGAACACCCAUCUCAGUUGCACCUUGGUUUCCAGGGGCUCCACGAGUUCCAAAAAAAGAAUGGACGUCUGCCCAAACCCCGCAAUGAGGCUGAUGCCAAUGAGGUUUUGUCCCUUACCCAAGAAAUCAAUCAGCGAUCUGGGUCUGCCAAGCAGGAGAAAUUAAUGGAAGAUCUAAUUAAAAAGCUGGCUUUCCAGGCCACAGGAAACCUUGCCCCAGUAAAUGCUUUCAUUGGGGGUCUGGCUGCUCAGGAAGCCAUGAAGGCUUGCACUGGAAAGUUUAUGCCGGUCAUGCAGUGGUUAUAUUUUGAUGCCUUGGAGUGUUUGCCAGAAGAAAAUGUGGAUGUGGUUUUGACGGAGGAAAAGUGCAGCCCAAGAAACUCUCGCUAUGAUGGACAAACUGCUGUAUUUGGGACAGAUCUACAAGAGAAACUUGGCAAACAAAAAUAUUUUCUGGUUGGAGCAGGUGCCAUUGGCUGUGAAUUGCUGAAAAACUUUGCCAUGAUUGGUUUAGCUGCCAGAGAUGGUGGAGAGAUCACUGUGACAGACAUGGAUACCAUAGAGAAGUCCAACCUCAACAGACAGUUCCUCUUCAGACCCUGGGAUGUCACGAAAAUGAAAUCGGAGACAGCAGCUGCAGCUAUCAAACAAAUGAACCCUAAUGUGCAUGUAACUGCCCACCAGGACAGAGUGGGAACAGAGACUGAGAAGGUGUACGAUGAUGACUUCUUUGAAGCAUUAGAUGGUGUGGCCAAUGCACUAGAUAACGUAGAUGCCCGAAUGUACAUGGACCGCCGUUGUGUGUAUUACCGCAAGCCAUUACUGGAAUCCGGCACUUUGGGGACAAAAGGAAACGUUCAAGUGGUCAUCCCAUUUGUAACAGAGUCCUACAGCUCCAGUCAAGAUCCUCCAGAAAAAUCCAUCCCUAUCUGCACCCUGAAAAACUUCCCUAACUCAAUAGAGCAUACUCUGCAGUGGGCUCGGGAUGAGUUUGAGGGUCUCUUCAAACAGCCAGCUGAAAAUGUCAACCAAUAUUUAACUGAUCCAAAAUUCAUGGAAAGAACAUUGAAGUUGCCAGGUUCACAACCUUUGGAAGUGAUUGAAGCGGUACACAAAAGCCUGGUUAUGGAGAGACCGAAAAGUUGGUCAGAGUGUGUUUCAUGGGCAUGUAACCAUUGGCACAUCCAGUACUGCAACAACAUCCGGCAAUUGCUGCACAACUUUCCUCCUGAACAGUUGACCUCAUCUGGUGCUCCUUUCUGGUCGGGUCCCAAGAGAUGUCCUCACGCUUUAACAUUUAACAGUAGCACUACCCUGCACUUAGAUUACAUUAUGGCUGCCGCUAAUUUGUAUGCACAGUCCUAUGGCAUUACCGGAUCUACAGACAGAGCCACGGUGGUGGACUUUCUCAAAAAUAUACAGGUGCCACAGUUCACUCCUAAAUCCGGAGUCAAAAUCCACGUGUCGGACCAAGAAAUGCAGAAUGCACAUGCAUCCCUAGAUGACAGCCGCCUGGAGGAGCUGAAAAACAGUCUUCCUAUUCCUGACAAUUUGUGUGGUUUCAAGAUGUUCCCCAUAGACUUUGAGAAGGAUGAUGACAAAAAUUUCCACAUGGAUUUCAUUGUUGCUGCAUCAAACUUGCGAGCAGAAAACUACGACAUUCCACCUGCUGAUCGCCACAAGAGCAAGCUGAUAGCAGGCAAGAUCAUACCAGCCAUUGCUACAACCACAGCAGCAGUGGUGGGUCUGGUAUGUCUUGAGUUGUACAAAAUCAUUCAAGGACACAAAAAGUUGGAUUCCUUCAAGAAUGGCUUCAUGAACCUUGCCCUUCCCUUUUUUGGCUUCUCUGAGCCAAUUGCUGCACCUAAACACAAAUACUAUGAGAACGAGUGGACUUUGUGGGACAGGUUUGAAGUUAAGGGCAUCCAGAGCAAUGGCGAGGAGAUGACGCUGAAGCAGUUUUUAGAUUACUUUAAGAAUCAGCACAAGUUGGAGAUCACCAUGCUGUCCCAGGGUGUGUCAAUGCUAUACUCAUUCUUCAUGCCAGCAGCAAAACUAAAGGAACGUCUGGAGCAGCCAAUGACUGAGAUUGUGACAAAGGUGUCCAAGAAGAAAAUUGGGAAGCACGUCAAGGCUCUGGUGUUUGAGUUGUGCUGUAAUGAUGAAACUGGAGAGGAUGUGGAGGUUCCUUAUGUUCGCUACACUAUCCGCCAAGCAUGAAAGGCUGGGAGAGGCACCAGAACAUAUAAGGGGCAAAAAUGAACUUUGAUUUGUGAUCUACUGCUCGCUUGUUAGCCCCUUCCUUACAGAGAAGGGAUUACGUUAAAAUGGGAGGGGAGCACGAACCUCACCAAAUCUCUGUAAUUUGAUUAUCAUGUCACCUGUCUGGUAUCUGGUGGGUUUUGUGAUUAGCAUUUUAACCAUUAGGAAAUACCAUGUGUACCCAGCUCUCCUCACUGCAUCUGAACAGACCACAGGUUCCCUGCCGGCUCUCCUUCCUCUGCGUCAUCUCAGUGUGUUAUCUAUAUUUUGCUUGCAUGCAUCCACUUAACCCUUUCGCUGGCAGAGGUUUAGUACUGCCCAGCUUCCUCUGCUGGUCAAAGGGUUAAUCUCCUUCAGGACUAGGGGUACAGGACAGUUUCCUGUGAAUCUGACUCUAUGGAAAGUAUUGGGAAUUGCCAGCAUUGGGUGCCUAUGCCCUGUCCCCAUUACCACCCACACUCUGCCAGUGACCAGUGGAUAGGAUGCCGGUAAGAAAUAACUUUUAGUUUUAAUGGGGGGCUGUGAUUAUUCUGCUGAUCUUGUAGACAUGUUUCUUUAUACUGUGUUUGAAAACUGAAAAAAUUAAAAACCUAAAGUAA